CGAGGACUUCUGACUUAACUUUCUUCCCAGAGAAGAAACAGGCUUAGCAAGUAACAACUGGGUUAGGGCAGUGAAGAGAACCGUCCGGGAUUCUGAGGCCACAGCUCUGGUGAAAGGAGACGCUGAAAACGCAGAAGUUCUUGCAAGAAGGUACACAGUUUCUCCUGGCAUGACGGCACUCUGAUGAGCAAAAAGAGAGUUUGAGUCCCGUGCCCAGAGCUAUCGUGCUGGAACCCAGGCCAUCUCCCAUGAACACAACCAUGGUGGCCGACCCUACUUCAACCCCUGUCAUUUCACAGCCCAAGUUCCCAGCCAUGAAUGAACCCCAGUGCUUCUACAACGAGUCUAUUGCGUUCUUUUAUAACCGGAGUGGAAAGUAUCUUGCCACAGAAUGGAACACAGUCAGCAAGCUGGUGAUGGGACUUGGAAUCACUGUCUGUAUCUUCAUCAUGUUGGCCAACCUCCUGGUCAUGGUGGCGAUAUACGUCAACCGCCGCUUCCAUUUUCCUAUUUAUUACUUAAUGGCCAAUCUGGCGGCCGCAGACUUCUUUGCCGGUUUGGCCUACUUCUACCUAAUGUUCAACACAGGACCCAAUACUCGGAGAUUGACCGUCAGCACAUGGCUCCUUCGCCAGGGCCUCAUCGACACCAGUCUGACAGCAUCGGUGGCCAACUUACUGGCGAUAGCCAUCGAGAGGCACAUUACGGUUUUCCGCAUGCAGCUCCACACCCGGAUGAGCAACAGGCGGGUGGUGGUGGUGAUCCUGGUCAUUUGGACUAUGGCCAUUGUCAUGGGUGCUAUCCCCAGCGUAGGCUGGAACUGUAUCUGUGAUAUUGAACAUUGUUCCAACAUGGCACCGCUCUACAGUGACUCGUAUUUAGUCUUCUGGGCCAUUUUCAACCUGGUGACCUUUGUGGUCAUGGUGAUUCUGUACGCGCAUAUCUUUGGCUACGUUCGCCAGAGGACUCUGAGAAUGUCGAGGCAUAGCUCCGGCCCCCGGCGGAAUCGGGACACCAUGAUGAGUCUUCUGAAGACGGUUGUCAUCGUGCUGGGGGCCUUUAUCGUCUGCUGGACCCCCGGACUGGUCUUGUUACUGCUGGACGUGUGCUGUCCACAGUGCAAUGUUCUGGCCUAUGAGAAGUUUUUCCUUCUCCUUGCGGAAUUCAACUCGGCCAUGAACCCCAUCAUCUACUCCUACCGAGACAAGGAGAUGAGCACCACCUUCCGGCAGAUCCUCUGCUGCCAGCGCAGUGAGAACACCAGCGGCCCCACGGAAGGCUCCGACCGCUCAGCUUCCUCCCUCAACCACACGAUCUUGGCUGGAGUUCACAGCAAUGACCACUCUGUGGUUUAGAAAAGGAACCCGAGAUGCCAAGCUAGCCGCCAUGCAUUGAACGUGAUCAUGAACAGCCUUGCCUCCAAAGUGCGAAGGCAAGGGGUGGGGCACCGAGAGAGGAAGAAAAUGAACUCGUGUACGUAAACACUAACCAACGACAGUAUUUGUUCCUAGACCCCACAAGACUUUCCAUAAACUAGUUUCUGUGACGACCCUCAUCCUAAUCCCCAUUCCUUUUGAGAGUCAGAAAUGGGACCCUUGUCAUGGGAUUCAUACAUGCCUGCGGAGUGUCCAUGUAGGUUACCUAACUGGACUUUACAAGGGUUUGUGUGCUUUGGUGCCAGUCAGGAAAGAGUCUGACUUUGUGAAUCUCCAACUUCAUUUACAUACAGGUCCCCUGCUUUUAUUACCAAAGGAUACAUUUCAUUUAAUAAACAUGUUUGUACCUAU